AUGUCCGCCCGUCAAGACGAGGAUCAACGGCUUCAGGCUCAGACUCAGGCCCAGGCUCAGGUGCAGGCUCAGGCGCCCUUGUCGCUGUACAGGGAGCGACUCAAGAUUGCCAACGCCUGCCAGUCCUGCCGGGCGAGCAAGGUGAAGUGCGAUGGUGGUCGCCCAGUCUGUGCGAGAUGCCAGAAAAGAGGCCGGGCGUGCAGCUACAGCCAACACGAUGCAGCGUCACCAAGAGGUCGCGGCAGACAAAGGGCAAAAGCACCAACCCGCCAGCCUAGACCUAUCCGCAGUCGUGCCUCUGUCGAACUCCCAGUCACCGCUCCAACCCCCGUCACGGCCCAGGCUUCGCCCCUGAUCGCGCAAGACUACUCAUUGCAAACCCCCUCUGCAACGCAAACGCCGUCGACCACGGGCUUCUCAGGCAGUUCUGACUUGGAGCAUGUUCACGAGGAUCGAGAUGAAAGCCGAGCAUUUUACGCUGCGCAUGGCCGAUUUGCCGGAGAGGUCUCCUCGACCAUCGACAAGAUGGCAGGGCUGAGCCCAGACACCACCUGUAGCCUCGUCCCGUUUGUGGACGCGCCGCUCUUUGGGGACGUAGGAGAGCCGCCCCGGAAUGUUGUGCUCGACUUUGCGUCUGAUCUGCCUCGGGCUUAUGCCGACAGGUUACUUGCCAUAUACUGGCAUCACGUUCAUCCCGUGGAGCCUGUGCUUGACCAGCAGCAAUUCUGCCGGACCUACGAUGCCUUCUACAGCGGAUCUGGCACACCACUACACGUGGAUCGUGACAUUUGGCUCAGCACACUGAACAUUGUCUUUGCACUGGCAGUGCAGAUACAAGAAUCCAUCCCUAUGCAGAAGCGAGAUGACGAGGCCAACCGUUACUUUCAACGCGCGUGGGCACUCCUGCGACCGGAGGCAAUCCUCUGGAAGCCCGGCUCGCUCGAGCUGGUCCAGUGCCUGUUGCUGAUGAACCGUUAUCUUCAUUGUACAAAUAACCAGCAAAAGACGUCGAUGGCGGCGACCCUGGCAAUCCGAAUCGCGCAGAAUAUGGUUUGCCAUACGUCCGAAGAGUCACCAUCUAGUGAUGCAGAUAAAGAUUUACGACACAAAGUCUGGGCCAGCUGCGUCGCCUUGGAGCGACCAGCACUGCUGACCGGUCAUGGAUCGGAUUUCCAUGCUUGGGAGCUUGAACUGCAUGAGAUUGGCACUCACAUCCAGCUGGCGCAGGUACAGAGUAAGAACAGCAUGGCGACUAAGCUGGGACUCCCUCGACUGUACCAGCAAGAUGAGUAUCACGCCAUCGCGGUGCAGCUGGACGGCUGCUUGAACAAAUGGGAGAAGAGCCUUCCUGAUGACUGGAGGCUGCAAAAUAUGCACAUGAUCCACGACAGGAGGGCACGAGCUGAGAGAUAUCUGCUUCACUUUCGGCUCCUUCAUUCUCGGAUCUAUCUCCACCGGCCCAUGCUUGCACGGCUGUAUGCUAUCAAAAGCCAUGCACCGACAGCUGCAGCAGCAUCCGAUCCUUCAACCAUCAGCGACCGACUCCUCCAAGAAUGUGCCAGAAUGUGCCUCGAGGCAGCACAGAAACUCACAUCUCUCAUCGCCGAGAUCCAUGACCCCAACGAGCCAAUAGGUAUCCUGCCUUGGUGGUACCGGGUCUAUUAUCUGCACAUUGCGGGCAUCCACUUUCUGGCAGCCAUGUUUGCCUCCGAUCUCUUCACCCCGUCUGUCGAACGAGCUUGGUAUCAAGUUCUGGCAGCUCUGAGGGCGCAUGAACACUUGAGUCUUUACGUUCAGCAAUGCGCUCGGACUUUCGAGACGCUGGCGGCGAGAAUACUGAACGCUCGCUGUCUCAGUGUAAACGGAAACGGCAUCAUGGCUUUGGACGAUGGAGCUCCUGGGCUGUUCCUGGAUGACAUGUUCCAGGAUGUCAACUUUGACCUUGAUGAAUUCCUCUUUAGUGUAGAUGACACUGGAAGGAGAACGAACUACUAG